AAGAUUUUACUUUCUGGUUUUUAUGGUGCAUUGGACUUGGAAUUAUGUGGGUAUGCUGUAGUAAAUUUGCUAGAUAUAAAGCAAGAAGGGGUGCAAAUUCUUUAUGGAGAUUUUUUUAAUUACUGUAAAUCUAUUGAAAUUCAACUAUCAAUACAUUAUAGCAAAUUCAAUUACAAACAAUUUUAA